AUGAUCUUCGAAGAAAUCAAUAACGAUACAAUUGCGGUUACUUUUUAUGAAGCGCAGCAGAAUGUACUGGAUACUUACAGCCACGCCGAGCAUCAAUUCAAAUCCGACAUCUGGCGCGAUCCCCGUCUUUUGUUUUCCUACUUCAAGCGCCCUGUAGGAGAUGAAACUGAGAAGCUAGUCCUUGCAGCGGAUAUGUACACCCAUUCGCUCGAUCUCAUCAAAAACUCGCGAAAAAAUCCGCGACGGGUUCGGAGGGAAAGAGUUGACGCAACAGAUCAAUUGAGCCGUGAGCAGCAGGACGCGUUGGUGGCCUUUACGGGAUGUCGAGUCAACGACAUUUCGCGAGUUUGCCCGACAGACCUUAUGAAUACCAAAUAUCAACAAAUAACGGGAACCUGCAAUAACCAGCGAAACUCCCACUGGGGCGCUUCCAACAUGCCCCAGCGACGAGUGCUCCCCUCGAUUUACGAAGACAACAUUUCCCUCCCCGUCGGAAUCGACCCAGCGAUACGAUACGCCGGCGGAACUCGUUCCGCUGAUCAAACUCAAGGGCAACCCCUACCGUUAGUGAGGGCGGUGUCGAAUUCUUUGGCGAGAGUUGCAGAGGCAGAUGUAAUUUCGGACAUUCAGUACACGCAUUUGCUUACUGUUUGGGGACAGUAUAUCGAUCAUGAUCUUGGAAUAACACCUCAGUCCAAAUCAAUCUCCUCUUUCCAAGGCAACACUCGAUGCGAAAGUACCUGCGAAAAUCUCAAUCCCUGUUUUCCGAUCCAACUUCCCGCUGGCGACCCAAAACUGCUCCUCGGCCGCCAAUGCUUGCCUUUUUUCCGAUCUGCUGCGAUUUGUGGAACAGGCGCGAUCGUUCCGGGUGGCCUUACCUGGCAGCAGCCGCGAGAGCAGGUUAAUGCGAAUACGGCAUUUCUGGACGCUUCGACGGUUUAUGGAUCGAAUUUGAAGACGAAAGAAAUGAUCCGGGAUCCAGAAAGACCUGCGUUUCUGAAAGUCAACGCUCAGUUCAAUGAUAACGGCCGCGCAUACCUUCCUUUUUCCGGCGACAAAUGCGUCCAAGAAGUAAACUCAACAGAACCCGACGUUCCUUGCUGGCUCGCUGGAGAUGGCAGAGCAGCAGAAGUCAUCCCUCUUGCAAGUGUUCAUACCAUUUGGGUCCGUUGGCAUAAUUUUCUAGCCGAGAAACUGAUCUCGCUUAAUCGUCAUUGGUCCCAAGAGCAAGUUUAUCAAGAAACGCGAAAAAUCGUCUCUGCCGUUCAUCAAAAAGUGACGUUUUAUGACUACUUGCCGAAGAUUAUCGGACAAACUGCAUUCGACGCGAUAGGUGUCAAUUAUCCUGGUUAUGACGAGACGAUAGACGCGACCGUCUCAAACGUAUUCACCACAGCUGCAUUCCGAUUCGGCCACGCCGCCAUCAGAUCAACACUCUUUCGACUGAACGAAAAUUUUCAAGAACACGAGCAAUUCAAAAACAUUCCUCUUCACAAAAGUUUCUUCAGCCCUUGGCGAAUCGUUCGCGGAGGAGGGUUAGAUCCUGUUCUUCGGGGUCUUGUGUUUGGGCAAGCAAAGGCCGUGGCACCAAGAUCGGUGAUGAAUGAUGAGUUGAGGGAGAAACUCUUUGAGUUGGAGAACAAGUCGGGAUUCGAUCUUGCAAGUUUGAACUUGCAGCGAGGAAGAGAUCAUGGGCUGCCCCUUUAUGGCGCUUGGAAACAAUUCUGUGAAAGCUAUCUAUCCACGGCCGCCCCUACCCUUGCCUACUCUGCCAGUACUGCCUUCAUCACCGAUCCUGACGUCAUCAAUCGCUUGACCGUCUUAUACGGAGACAUCGAUAACACAGACAUUUGGAUCGCUGGUCUUCUGGAAGACAUUCCAACCGGCUCGCGCGUCGGACCAACUUUUCAAUGUCUUCUGAUGGAGCAAUUUUCGCGAUACCGAACUGGCGAUCGUUUUUGGUUCGAAAAUCCAUCGACGUUCUCCGCCGCUCAAACUCAGGCGAUCCAAGCAGUGGAUAUGGGCUUGGUUCUUUGCGAGACGAGUGAUAUUGGAAGAGUGCCCCCGGAUGCGUUUGUUCAAGAACCAACGAUAUCAACGAUGAUUCCUUGUGGAGCAAAAGCGACGAUGAAUUUGGACUUGUGGAGAGAAGAUGGAACGAGUGGGAGCUGCGGGGCGCUUCCGCAUCCUGAAAAUGGAUUCGGUGUUUUCAAUGCGCAGCGUCAAGUGGAGUUUUUCUGUAACCCAGGAUUUCGAUUUCGCGAUGGCUCUCGUCAAGGAACUCCAUCCACGUGUUUCUCUGGUCGUUGGGAUCCACCGACGCCUAUGUGCUUGAAUAUUAAUGAGUGUGAAGUUAACAAUGGUGGCUGUGGAGAAUUGAGUUGUAGAGAUACACAAGGCAGUUUUGAGUGCUUCGAUCCGAUGGAUAACGAAGUAAGGGAAGAAACAGGAGGAUUAAACACGCAAACGCGAAUUCUCAUCAUUGGCUCCGUGACUUUAGGAUGUCUUGUUUUCAUCGGAAUAUCCGUGAUUUUCUGUUAUUUGAGAAGAAGACGAUUCAAUAAAGUGGUGUCGAAAAGUGAGAUUUUGAACAAAUCCGAGCCGCCGCAAAUAAGCUCUGUUUCUUCUUCAGAAGUUGGGUCGACAACUUCAUUACAGAAAUCUUCCUUGAAAUAA